AGGAGGAUUUUUUUGUUUGUUUAAGUAAUUGAAUAUGCUUGUCAUCAGUCGUGCAAUUAGGUCUCGCAGUUUCAUUUUUAAGGAAGUCUCUUAUUUUUGUAACAAGUACACUUCAUGGACGGCACACCACUUAUUCGACGAAAUCCCCGUAAGAAGUAACGUGCAGCCGUGUGAUUUAUUGUUUACGCAUUCAAUGGUUAGUGGGUCGGAACAGAAAGGCCACGAAAUUACUUCCUGUGUGGCACCUCCCAAGCAUAGUAGUGCCCCCGAAGCAUUGGAGUCCUUUCAUCGAAUUAUCGCCUCGGGAGCAAAUCCUACGAGGUUCAUUCUUUGUACGGCUCUUAAUGCUUGUGUAAAAACACUGAGCUGGCGUUUGGGGUUGCAAAUUCAUGUGUGUGUAAUUAAAUAUGGGUAUGAAGAAAAUUUAAUUUUGAGCAGUGCACUUGUUAAUUUAUAUGCUAAGUGUGGUGCCAUUCUGGAUGCAAGAAAUGUAUUUGAUGGCAUGAAAAUACAUGAUCAAGUAUCUUGGACCUCGAUUAUAAGUGGGUUCUCACAAAACGGGCAUGGAAGGGAAGCCGUUUCAAUGUUCAAAGAGAUGUCUACUACCCAUAUAAAACCUAAUUGUUAUACCUAUGUUGGCGUUAUUAGUGCAUGCACAGGCCUAGAUGAUGCAUUUGCACAAGUUGUGAUCCUCCAUGUCCAUGUCAUCAAGCUCGGGUUCAAUAGUAAUAGUUUUGUGGUCAGCGCUUUAGUUGAUUGUUAUUCAAAACAUGGAAGAACAGAUCAUGCUAGAUUGGUAUUUGAUGAGGCUAUGGAGAGGGAUAAUAUCGUACUCAAUUCUAUGAUUUCUGGGUAUUCUCAAAAUCUACAGGGUGAAGAGGCGUUGAAACUAUUUGUGGAGAUGAGAAAUGAGAAUUUGAGUUCAACUGACCAUACUUUAACUAGUAUUUUAAAUUCUUGUGGUAGCCUAACUUUACUGCAACUAGGAAGGCAGGUGCACUCUCUGGUCACUAAAAUGGGUUCUGAAAGUAAUGUGUUUGUGGCUAGUGCUUUGAUUGACAUGUACUCCAAGUGUGGCCACAUUAUUGAGGCUCGUCUCAUUUUUGAUCGAGCAGCUGUGAGGAAUGGUGUGUUGUGGACUUCAAUGAUCACGGGUUAUGCUCAGAGUGGAAAGGGAUCAGAUGCGUUGGAACUCUUUGAGCGUUUGGUGACUGUUGAAAGAUAUGUGCCAGACAAAAUUUGCUUUACUACUGUGUUGACUGCCUGCAAUCAUGCUGGACUGUUAGACAAAGGGGUGAAAUAUUUCAAGAUAAUGAGAGAUUAUGGGCUGGUUCCCGAUCUAGAUCAAUAUGGUUGUUUAAUUGACCUCUAUGCGAGGAAUGGGCACCUAAGAAAAGCAAGGGAGUUGAUGGAGGACAUGCCUUAUGAUCCAAAUUACGUUAUGUGGACUUCCUUCUUUAGCUCUUGCAAAGUUUAUGGUGAACUUGAGCUUGGAAAAGAGGCUGCUAAUCAGCUUCUCAGAAUGGAACCAGGUAAUGCCGCUCCAUAUGUAAUGCUUGCCAAUAUAUAUGCCACGGCAGGUUUAUGGGCUGAAGCAGCUGAGGUUAGGAAAUUGAUGCAACAAAAAGGAAUAAGGAAAAGUGCAGGGUGGAGUUGGGUUGAGGUAGAAAAAGGGGUUCAUGUUUUCUCAGUUGGUGAGGUAAGUCACCCUCAAUCCCAAGAGAUAUAUGAUGAACUGGGAAAGCUGCACUUGGAAGUAAAAGAGGCCGGUUACAUGCCUAAACAUUUAGAUGAAUUAGAAGAUUUGGUUUGUGAAUGACUGUGUUCUUCUCAGGAUUGUAAACAGUCAGUUGACAACUCUUAGGAUCAAGAGCACUUUCACUAUGACUGAAGUAGCAGACUGCAAAAGAGAAAACCGGUUCUUCAUAUGACAUUAUUGUAAGAUUUAUUGUUUUAUGUUUUUGGAUGCUUCUUACAAGUUACAAUUCAAUAUGCAUUUGAAACGUGUUGCUAUUCUUCUCGGAGAAAAUAUUAUUCCUCAAAGAUCCAUUUUCCUGAUACACUAAUUAUUUGUUUCUUAACCUAUAGGUUUGAUGCUAUCUACUGAAAUGAAAUGUAUUGUCCUACACGAAAAUUAUGAUUUAUGAUUGAACAAAAGUUAUCAGGAAAUUUAUCUAUGUUACAGGAACGGAGAUAAUAUCAAAACCUUUCAUUUCAUUUAGCCUGGCCCAAACUUCAUUAAGCC